UGUGGUGGGAGAGGAAGUGAACAUUUUAGAGUAGAAAGGAAGGACUGUGUGAGCGACAGAAGAAGAGGAGGAGAUGAAUAACUUAACAGCAAGUGAAGUAGCAGGUUUUGGUGUUGGAGCUUUGCUUUUAUGUGCAACCAUUUCUGCCCCAAAGAUUGACUCUUUCAUCUCUGCUUCACAAAGAAGUUCUCUGGGGAUGUGCAAGAGAUGUGGUGAUCUAAGGAUGAUAGCAUGCUCAGGAUGUAAAGGAACUGGCUUAGUCAAAGAAGGUGGAGCAUUGAGUUUUACCUUUAUAGAUGAUAUGUAUGAGUCACUUGGCGGCGACUCAAAGGUGAAGACCAUUAGAUGUUCUAAGUGUCAAGCUAGAGGUCGCUUUUGCUGCCCUGAUUGCUCCAAAGCACAAUCAGUUUAAUUACAUAUUGCUCCAAAUUACAAUAAGUUUAAUAUCCUUAAUUCUCUUAUCAUAUCUGUCAGAUUCUGACUGAUUGUGGAUUAGAUUGUGAAAAAUAUAUGUUCUUGAGGGGAGAGAUGAUGGUCCACGAGCAUGCCAUAACCCUCAAGCUAAUCACGUUUCCUGCUUUCAUGAUAUUUCAACUUGCUUUCCAUUUUCAUGUA